AGUAGUCGUUCUAUUGCGUGCGUGAAGUAACGCGUACUUUUACAAUAUCAAAAGCAUAGUGUCUUUUGUGUGUUGUACUUAUUUAUUUUUACAAGAGAGAUAUAACUAAUUUUUUAUUUCAAAUCUUCAUUUAGAGAUACUAAAAGUUGUUUGUCAUGUUAUGUAAAUUCUACAAAAAAAUAUUAUUGAAAAGUGUUUUUUUUUUUAUAAUUUAACACGGUGAUUUUUUUAUUGUAAUUAGCGACGCACAAAACAAUGUCGACCGACUGCCUUUUAAUGCUUCUCCGAAAAGUUUAACAAGCGUAAACACAAUGUAACAAUGUGAUCAGUGCUUCAUCACAGUCAACGUAUUGUGUGAUCAUAUAUAUAAUUAUUUGCAAUAUGUGCAAUUAUCGAAGAAUUAUAAUCUGCUUAUUACUGGAAAAAUAUUAAUAGAAAAAACGUUAUAAACUCACUAAUGAGUGCCGUGAAGUUUGCUUAGUUUUAAAAUUCUCGCGAAUCAAUUACAAGAGAUCACAAGAAUGUUCGAGGUCAUUUUUUUUGUUAAAAAACCAGUUCACGUUGUCUAGAAAAACUUGUAUACGAUAGAGAAAUGUACAGUCAAGGAGUUUAAGAUCGAAAGGUUUUUAUAUAAUCGUUAUAACAGUCAUUUACGUCACGUACAAAAAGUGAAAAAUGUGUCAGAUAAAAAGAAUAAUGAGUUUUAGACUUUGCGAUAUGUUGACAUUUAGAUUGAUCGAUUUUUCAUAAAUUAUCUCGGGCUACAAGAAAUAGCAAGACAAAAUAACGAACUUGACACAUAUAUCUUCUUUUUCGUCGCGAAAGUGAUCGCACGAGGCUUCGAAGAACAGGUUCUGUGAGUUUGAAAACAAAGCCCGAAAACACGCGGUUGGGGUUGUAAAACACUCUCGGUGAGAGUCGUAUAUUUCCCAUAAAAUCAGAGAAGAAGAAGAACCUGAGAUCAUCCUUUCGUGCUGGAGAACACGCGCCUCAUUACUAUAUUUAAGGUGACUGUGCCGUACCGGAGGAGAACGGAGGCGCGUGUUCGGCAGUCGACAUUAUAUCUUCAAUGAACCGGAAGUGUCGUUCAAGGAAGAAAGGUUCGGCCGACGCCGAUGACGAGAACGACGGAGCCGACGAUGAUCAGCAACAGCACUUCAUCGAACACCACCAGCUUCUCCAUCGUUUUUCCGACUCUCUGUGAGAAUUUUACCGAUUUUAUCGGUCACGAUGUGCUGGCUGAACAAUCGACCGAGUACUUGCUAUCGGAGAACGUGACAUGUCUGGAACACGCCCCCAAACUGACCAGGGCGGUGUAUCUCAAGGUCAUCGUUUUGGCGGUUAUGUCGUUCCUAAGCCUGAUCUGCAACCUGGCGACGAUAUAUUCCAUUAUAAAAAAUCGUCGAAGACAACGGAACUAUUCGGCGAUGUAUACGUUGAUUCUUCAUCUGUCGGUGGCCGAUACAUUGGUCACCAUUUUCUGCAUGGUCGGCGAGGCGAUCUGGAGCUACAACGUCGCGUGGUUAUGGGGCAACGCCGCGUGCAAGAUCUUUAAGUUCCUGCAGAUGUUCAGUCUGUACUUGAGCACUUUUGUGCUUGUGUUAAUCGGUGUCGAUCGAUUUAUCGCGAUUCGAUAUCCCAUAAAGGGUCUCAACACAUCGCAAAACUACACGCGAGUUGUUCUUUUCAUUUGGGCGCUGUCUUUCGUUCUCGCCACUCCUCAGGCCGCUGUGUUUCAUGUCGCGCAAGGACCAUUUAUCGAAAUAUUUACACAAUGCGUGACCCACGGUACCUACACAGAGGCUUGGCAAGAACAACUUUACGCCAGUUUCAGUUUGUUCUUUAUGUUCAUCUUGCCAUUAGCGAUUUUAAUUGUCACAUACGUAUCUACGGUGAUUACUAUUUCCCAAAGCAAGAAAAAGUUUAAAACAAAAUCAGGAAAUGAUAAAACGUAUGUCGGAAAUAUCAGCGAGAAAAAUAGAAGAAGACUGAUGAACCGAGCAAAAGCAAGAUCAUUGCGUAUUAGCGUUGUCAUCGUAGCGGCGUUUCUGAUUUGGUGGACGCCCUAUUAUACGAUGAUGAUAAUCUUCUUGUUUCUCAAUCCCGAUGAGCACCUCAGUGAGGAGUUGCAGAGCGGAAUAUUUUUCUUCGGUAUGAGCAACAGUUUAGUAAAUCCUUUGAUAUAUGGCGCGUUUCAUCUUUGGCCUCAGAAACAACGACAAGGUUCUUAUCAAAGGUCUGACGGUGUCAGAAUGCAUCAGCAACCUAUAAAAAAGCAACGCGAAAUACAAUUGCCACUUCUGUCCCAUCAAAAUAGUGGCAAUAAAGCGACUAUCCACAGUAGCAUUAGAUCUAAUGAUUCAUUGAAUUAA